CUGCCAGACUUGCAGACCUGAUGUUGGUUAUGAUCAGAGAAGCAUCUGAGCACCUUUACAGGUUGCCUCAAGUACCUACUCCAAAAUCCUGCCAGCUCUUGGAAGUCUUGGACCAUUAAUUGAUCAUUUCACGUAAAUUAAUAUUUUCUUCUUUAAAUACUUAUAAAUUAUAUGCCAGAGACUAAUUACUAAGAGGGGCCGUUUCUUAUCAAAUACAACUUAUUAUACUGUUCGCCCGUAUUAGGUUUACACCCUGUAUAUACCCGUCCUAGCGAAAUCACGAUAUGCAUUUUCGCCACUGACGGUAACGGAACUAAAUAAUAUUAAAUAUAAUUUUCCCUCGGUUUCUGAACACGGUUUUAGAGUUGGCAACCCCGGACCGCGACGCGACGCCAUCUUUUAUUUAUUCUAUCGUGGUGCGCGUCCUUCUGUGAGUUAGCUGACGGAAAUAUGGUGAGAUUUGCUAUUUAAUUACCAAUUUACAGCCUAUGUGGCAGUUAACUGUUAGAUAGUUUAUUGUGGGACUAGGUUGGUUUGUGUAAUAUAUCAUAUUACAGAAAAACGGCUCGUCACGUCGCGGGUAGCGCUUACGCCGCCUUCGCGCCCCACUUGAAUCGACGACCUACAUGUCGCAUCCGCGAAUUAUUUUUAACAUUAUAAAUCAAUAUAUUUUUAUACUGUGUUCAGGUUCAGGGUUGUUUUUGCCCAUGCCCCAUCAUCUGCCGCGAUCCUGGACAAGUUGGCGAUCAACAACAGGAUCCGGCCAGCGUGCAAUGGCCAGUGAAGUCUAUCCCAGUGCCUGUAUUAUUAUCAAGUCAUCACGCUGUCGUCGUCGGACUCGUCGGUUACAAAUGACGCGGCAGAUCUCUCUUAAGCUUAGAAAGAUGGUUGUGGCGCAGUGCUCUGCUACUUCGUGCCACAGGCCAUUCUCCAACUGCAGAUCUAUGUGUCAGCGCGACAGUGCACUCACUCACCUUGUUUGGCCCGGUGGAAUUUGGUAUGUCACUUGAGGCGAGGAGGACUUGAGAAGGUGCGUCUGCGAACGGCCUUAGUGACGCCUCUUCAGCGCGACGGGUGGUCUCCUCAAAUAUGAGAAGGAGCUCGGGUCCUGCGGGCUCUUAACCGUCGUAGUAUUCACGCAGUGUUUUAAAAUAGUGUUUGUGUGUAUUAUGAUAACAUUUAUGUUCAAUUCAAAUGUCUAACUCUACAUAAGUAUUCAUAUCAUUUUUCAUUAGUAUGGUGCUGUUUUUGCGGUCUGAAGAAAAAACUUUAAAUAAAAUAAUUAUGUUGUCUGUA